GUGGAAAUUGCCAUGAGCUCUCGAGAACAAGGCGGACGUGGAGGCCGAGGCGGCGGUCGAGACGGCGGUGGACGUGGUGGCGGACGAGAUGGCGGUGGACGUGGUGGCGGACGAGAUGGAGGUGGACGUGGUGGAGGUCGAGGCUAUUCGGAUGGCGGCGGCCGGGGCGGUGGUCGUGGUGGACAAGGCUUCUCUGAUAGAGGCGGUCGUGGCCCUUCCGAUGGUGGUGGCCGAGGACGUGGGGACGGCGGUCGAGGUGGCCGUGGGGGUGGAAGCACUGCCACCGUUCAAAUGCCGACAGGUCCACCUCCUGCACCCGUCAAGUCGACGCUCUUGCAACCUUUGGCAAACCCAAUGUUUCCCUCUCGACGCGCGUUUGGUCGUUCCGGUCAACCCGUCACGUUGUGGGCGAAUCAUUUUGCCGUGACUCUCAACCGUAACCAAGGCGACAUUUACCACUACGAUGCGUCAAUUGUCGCUGAAGGAAAAGCUCCAUCGAAAGAUACCCCGCCCAAGGUCUUAUGUUCGGCCGUACUGCAAACGUUGAUCAACAUGCUCAAGAUCGAGUACCCGACGAUUGCCGUUGUCGCGGAUGGACGUCGCAACUUGUACGCGUCGCAACUGCUUCCAUUCGAUGCAAAGGUUUUCAAGGUCCCUCGGGAGAAAGAAGGUCGAACGGAGAUCUUCGACGUCCAUGUUGUGUCCACGGACCCAGUGGCCGUCCGCACGGAGCAGCUGCAUCACCUCUUUGCAGGGCGAUUGAACUAUACACCGUACGACGCGAUUCAAGCAUUGGACAUUGCGAUGCGGUACUCUGCGUCGACGCGGCUCACUUCGGUCGGACGCAACUUUUUCACAAACACGGGCGCGGUCACGUUGGGGGAAGGCGCGGAGCUCUGGUUUGGCUACCACCAGAGUCUGCGUCCAACGCAAUCGCAACUUACGCUGAACAUCGACAUGGCGGCAACCGCUUUCGUCGAGUCCAUGCCUGCGCUCGACUAUCUCUUGGAAACGUGUCGACUCAGCGACAUCCCGACAUCGAUGGGCAAAGCCCAGAUUUCAAGUGCGUCGAAAGCUUUCCGUGGCAUCAAGGUUGCUGUGACGCAUCGAGGCACUGUCGAGCGUGCGUACCGCGUUAACGGCCUCAAGAAGUCUGCCAACGAGACGACCAUCGACCUCGACAACGGUCGGCGAGUCACGGUGGCUCAAUACUUUGCGACCAACUACCGUCCGCUCCGGUAUCCCAACCUGCCGCUGCUGCAUGUGGGCUCGCCCAAAGGGAAUAAUUACAUGCCCAUGGAAGUGUGCAAUGUCCUGGGCGGAUACAAGUGUCCGCGGAAAGCCACGGACAACCAAGUUGCCAACAUGAUAACUUACACGGCCACGGCCCCAGAAGAACGGCGCCAGAAGAUUAUCACGAAAAUGCAGGAGGCACAUUUUGCAGUGGACAACAAUUUGGCCUCGUUUGGCACCUCGGUCAACCCGACCAUGAUGACGGUGGAAGGCCGUCAAUUGCCGCCGCCUGCGAUGCUCUAUGCGAACAACAAGACGGAGACCCCGCGCGACGGUGCAUGGAACAUGCGCAACCUUGCUCUGUUUCAAAGCAUGGCGUUCAAGUCGUAUGCUAUCAUGAGCCUGUGCGACAACCGCCGCGUGACCGACGGCGACGUGUACGAUUUCUUCAACGCAUUGGUGACGCACAUGAAAGGGCUGGGAAUGUCCCCCCCGAGCGCAAAGCCGCCGCUCGUGAAUUCCAGAGGGCGCCAGGACUCUAUCGAACGCAUGUUCAACGAAGCAAUCACAAAUGCGACGCAAGUUUAUGGCGUCCGGCCCGACAUUGUUUUUUGCGUGGCACCGAUGCAGAACGCGCAAAAUUACACGGAUUUGAAGCGCGCAUCCGACACGGUGUUUGGCAUUCCAUCGCAGAUGAUGCUGGCCAAACACUUGCCAAAACAGAACCCCAUGUACAUGAGCAACUUGCUUUUGAAGGUGAACACCAAGUUGGGUGGCCGCAACACGGUUUGCAAGGACCCUCUCCCCAAGAUAUCUACCGAAGCGACGAUCAUCUUUGGUGCCGAUGUGACGCAUCCUGGGGCGAUGGACAAGUCGCGCCCGUCGGUGGCGGCGGUCGUGGCUUCGACGGACCGAUGGGGCGUGCGCCAUGCAGCAGCAAUGCGCCGCCAGGGCCAUCGCGUCGAACAGAUUGAGGAUUUGGAAUCGAUGGCGGUGGAAUUGUUGAAGGCGUUUUACAGCGAAACCAAGCGCAAGCCAUCCCAGAUUUUGUUUUUCCGCGAUGGGGUGUCGGAAGGCCAAUUCCAAAUGGUCUUGAACUACGAAAUCACGGCACUUCAUGCUGCGUGCGCCAAGUUGGAGCCUGGCUACCGCCCCAAGAUUACAUUUGUCGUGGUGGGCAAGCGCCAUCACACGAGAUUUUUUCCCACGAGCGCCCAACACGCGGACCGAAGUGGCAAUGUGAAAGCUGGCACCGUCAUCGACACGGGCGUGUGCCACCCCACUGAAAACGACUUUUACUUGAUGAGCCACGCGGGUCUCCAAGGCACAAGUCGCCCAGCCCACUACCACGUUCUCUUGGACGAAAUUGGCUUUACGCCGGACGAGCUGCACAACCUUGCGUUCCGCCUCACCCACACGUAUGCCCGGUGCACGCGUUCUGUGUCGAUUGUCCCGUCCGUGUACUAUGCGCACUUGUUGGCAUUCCGUGCGCGAUGCUUCAUUGUGGACGGCAGCGACGAAGGCUCGACUGACAGCACGACUUCGUUUACGGGCCAGUUCUUGGCAGUGCACCCAGAUCUGAAAAAGGUGAUGUUUUAUGUCUAGACUGUGGAUGCAAGUGGCGCCUCUUGCCAGUGCCAGCUUUUGUCGACAGGACGGCCUUUUGAUGCUUAAUCGAGUUGCACUAUCCAAUUCUCGUAUCCUCCAAAACCAGUGCAAAAGGAUCUUUUUC